GCUUAAGAAAAAAUUAUUUAUCAAUUUAGCAGUGUGACAAAAAAAAAGAAAAAAAUAAAGGAGAGAUGACAACAGAAGUAGCUUUGGUUAUAGAUGAAGAACGUGUUGAGGAAAUCAGGGAGCCUUACGUAAAGGCCUUGGGAAAUGAUUGGGAAAACAUUAAAACACUGUAUCAGACCAAACGUUCUGCUUUAUUCUAUCCCCUCACUCCUUGCGGAGAUACUGUUUUCCACAUUGCAGCAUACAUGGGUAGCAUAGAUUUGCUUCGAGUUCUCUUCGAUAUGGUUGCAAUGCCUAGAAAAUGUGAAGUGGUCAGGAUGAAGAACAAUCAUGGCAACACCCUUCUCCACGAGGUGGCCACGAGCAACAAUGUUGAGGCAGCAAAAUUCUUGGCUGAGAUUGCGCAUGAAGGACGAGCGAGGAUGCUGAUGGACCGCAAUAAUUUAGGGGAGACGGCGCUAUACAGGGCUGCAGCAUUUGGCAAUAAAGCAACAGUGGAGUACUUGGCAAAUGAGGUGGACUUACAAGAUCAGGGAAAUUUGCAAGAGGAUCACUUCACAAGAACGUCUGAUAGCCUCUCCAUUCUUCAUAUUGCUAUCAUGAAUGAAAAAUUCCAGACAGCUAUUUGGUUACUAAACAAAGAUCCAGAGCUGGCGACGAAGAAAUAUUCUGAGAAGACAUGUCUUCACAUUCUCGCAAGCAUGCCAACUGCUUUCAAAAGUUCUUCUUCCAUAAUGUAUGGAUUGGAGAUUAUAUAUAAAUGUAUGCCAGGCAACUUAGUCUAUAGAGGUGAAACUGAUCAGGAUGUACCAAGUCAGAGCACUGAGACUAGGAUGUGCUGUCUAACAAUGAUAAAGAAUAUAUGUCUACGCAUGUACGAUGAUCUUUGGAUGUUUCUAGCUGGAAGUACGCACCCUAAUAAUUUCCUUAUCUUUUUUAAGCCUCCAUUUGAAUUGGGAGAGUUGAUGGGAAAGGGGAGGAGAGUGAAGGAGAGGGGAUGGGAUUGGAUUGAGGAAAUAGGGGAAUUGAAAAAGAAGCAUCAGACUGCAGUUGAAUUGGCCAAGAAGCUGGUAAGGAUGGAUUCUUGCUCGUGGCGUGAGCACUACAACGAAGAAGGGCACAACAACAUUCUUUGCUUUUCAGGAGACUGUAAAAAGGGAGGUGAAAAAACAGGGGAGGCGUCAUCCCAAGUCGAAUGUGAUGGCACCGCCGCCACCAUUGAGGCAGCACCGGAUACUCCAUUGAUUAUUGCUGGCAGGACAGGGAUCAAGGAGAUUGUGGAGGAGAUUAUCAACGUGUAUCCUCAAGCACUGGAGCAUGUUACCAGGAGUGGACAGAAUAUUCUGCACGUUGUCAUUCUACACCGUAACCACAUCUUUCAUUGCAUCAAGUCGAAGGGGGAAGUGGUGAAGCGGAGGCUGCUUUUGGGGAUCGACAAUGACGGUGACACCAUUCUGCACAAAGCCGCCUGUACUAAACACUACCGCGGAGGAACCACAUCGACGGCCGCUCUGAAACUGCAAGAGGAGCUGAGAUGGUUCGAAAAGGUGAAAAAAAGGGUCCCUGCUCAUUACACAAUCCACCUCAACAAGGACAAUUAUACGGCAGAGGAACUGUUAAAAGACCAGCACAAAGAACAACUCAAAGAGGCCCAAGAAUGGAUCAAGAACACUUGCCAGUCAUGCUCCGCUGUGGCAGUCCUAGUUGCCACGGUUGUCUUCGCUGCAGCCUUCACUGCCCCAGGUGGCUUCACGGAGAACGGGCGUCCAGUCUUUGAGGAGCGGCCUCUAUACUCUUUUUUCACUGUGAUGGACGUGAGUGGACUGGCAAGCUCAUUGACAUCGGUGGUGCUCUUCCUUUCUGUGCUCACAUCGUCGCUUGAGCUGGAAGAUUUUCGUUGUACCAUACCCUGGAAACUGUCGUUUGGUUUCCUCUUUCUGUCCUUUGCCAUUGCAAACACCGUGCUUUCCUUCACAGCCGCCAUUAUCCUCACCGUGCAUUUGAAGAAGGCAUGGACUACGACUCUGACCUACGCUGCAGCAUUCCUCCCGGUCAGCGUCUAUGCGAUUGUGCAGUUCGGUUUGUAUAUCGCAUACCUCAAGACUGCUGUCACCAGCAUUUUUAGGUUCGUGAAGAAGCUUCUUAGAGGGAGGUGAUGUUUAAUAUAUUUUAUCUGAAAUUAUGAAGGCACAAGCACAGAAUAAGGCGUGAGACAAGAGAUAAUGAAAACAAGCAAGAAAUCAAUCACACAGCAGAAAUUGAAGAGAGACAGAAACCGGAGCUCUAUUAGUAAAGCAAUCUAUAGUUUCCUUUAUUGAAAACUGUGCAUUCAACUUAAAAUCAAUUGACAAUAGAUGG